UCCCCGGAAGAAGCAUGGUUAUUAGGCCAUCAGGCUACGCUGGAACACCGAUAUCAUGCAGUCAGACGACGUUAUCUGGGAUACAUUAGGAAACAAACAAUUCUGUUCCUUCAAAAUAAGAACCAAGACUCAGAGCUUUUGCAGAAAUGAGUACAGCCUGACUGGACUUUGUAAUCGGUCGUCCUGCCCCCUCGCAAACAGUCAGUAUGCUACUGUCAAAGAAGAGAAAGGACAGUGCUACUUGUAUAUGAAGGUUAUCGAACGAGCAGCCUUUCCUAGGCGUCUCUGGGAACGGGUCAGGCUCAAUAAGAACUAUGAGAAAGCACUGGAGCAAAUAGAUGAAAACCUAAUCUACUGGCCUCGCUUUAUCCGACACAAAUGCAAACAGAGAUUCACCAAGAUCACCCAGUACUUAAUUCGCAUUCGAAAACUUACAUUAAAGCGACAGAAGAAACUUGUUCCUUUGAGUAAGAAGGUGGAGAGGAGGGAAAAACGACGAGAGGAAAAGGCAUUAAUAGCUGCUCAGCUGGACAAUGCCAUUGAAAAGGAAUUACUGGAGAGACUGAAGCAAGAGACGUAUGGCGACAUCUACAACUUCCCCAUUCAUGCCUUCGACAAGGCCCUGGAACAGCAGGAUGCAGAGAACGACUCCUCCGAUGCUGAAGAGGAGGAGGAGGAUGAAGGUGUAGGAAAGAGAGAAUUCGUGGAAGACGAUGAAGUAGAUGAGAGUGACCUGAGUGACUUUGAGGAUAUGGAUAAGCUGAAUGCCAGCAGCGAUGAAGAACAGGAGGAUCAAUCUUCCAGUGAAGAAGAGAAGGCCCUCAAUGCUAAAGACAAAGGCAAAGCACCCUUGAAAGGACCUUUGCAGCGAAAACGAGCCUAUGUGGAGAUAGAGUAUGAGCAGGAGACAGAGCCCAUGGCCAAAGCCAAAGCCACGUGAUUUCUCUUCAUUUAGAAAUAGGACUGAACAUUUUUUAACGUUUCUCCUUUUGAUAUUUUAAACACAUAUUCACCUCCAGUUUUUUAUUAUGUUGUAUUUCACAUCAUACUUGUGUUCUCAAUAUUUAUGUCACUUCUUGGGGCAAGAAAUCUGGAAGUGGAAAGAAGCCUUAAAUUAUGAACAGAAUAUUUUUAUAGAAUUUUUGGCAUAUGUGGUGUUGUAACAGCUUGAGCCUAAGAAGCUUAACAGAUGAAUUCUUGGGGUGGGCAUGGAAUUAUUAUAAAUUUCAACCAUACACCCACCUUUGUUUCCAUUGUGCACGUGCAGGCGUGUUUCCCCAUCUGUGACAAGCUUUCAUUUAGAAAUGGCAGGACUUGAUUUUUCUUACCUUCAUUCCCCUUCGCCGAUGGAGGCAAAGGAAAUAAAAGAAAAUAUAACCAUGUUUAGUGUAAAAACGUUUUUCCAUAAAUAACCACUCAUACAAUAUGAGAUACAAAAAAAGCAAGCCCCUCUCCUGUGCCAGGAGCUGAGCCAGUACAAGCCUUGCCGAGUGUCAUCAGUGAGUGGCUCAGGAGGCCUGCUGCACAUUUCGGAUGCAGCUCACCACCAGCCUGUCUUCACAGCUUUGAGGGAUUUUGGCCAGCAGACCCUGAAACAUGAAGCCAAACGGUCUUUGGUUUGUUUUCAUGCGGUUUUCCUCUCUCCCUGGUACCUUGGUCUGUGUGUGAAUGGAUGACACCACGGCUGGUGCACAGAAUAAUCAAGCUGCUCCUUUAAGACCACCAGCAUGCUCAGAAAUGCCUUCCUGGUUCAUAACGGCAGCAGCGUAAUGCCAACCAAGGGCAAAGUAAGUUGGAUCCACGGCUUGACAACUCAAGGUUAGAGAACUUAGAUGAACUAAUAAAAUAAAACUAUGCUACUUUA